CCCCUCUCCUGUCCGCAUGUCGUAGUCUUUACGGAAUCCCCUUGUGUACAAGUUGUAGGAAUGUCGUGGGUACACACAUGCCAAGUGUAGACCCUAUGCGCUGCGCAUUGCGCAUGCCAGGCGUCGAAAACCGCGCGGGCGUCGUGUUGAGCCGCCCGCCACUGGCCACGGCGAACGGGAACGUUCCCAGAACGGUCGCCGGGAACGUUCUGGGAACGGUCGCAGAGGGCGCGAGAACAAUGGCUGUAUAUAUACGCGUACACAGCUGUGAUAUGCGUGAUAUGCGGCGGUAGGGGGUGGCGGGUCUGUCCCUUGCUCCCCUGCCAGUUUGGGGCGUCGAGCGUGCUCAGCGCGUGAGUACAGGCGCACCACUGCUGUGGCCCACCUGAGGCCUGUCGCUGGCUGGGUCGCGGCAGGGACCGGCACGAUCAGACUGGCUGCGUGAGGGGCUUAGGUGCGGGCUGUACAGCGAUGACAGGCGGGAAGUCGUGCGGUCCACGCCAGCGCGCCUACCGCUGCUUGCGGGUAUUAAGCACCGGCCACGACGGCCACAGAUGUCGCUGACAAGGUGAUGGAAUCCCUGCGCCGUCAACGUUUGAGCUUGUUGCGUACAUUGCACAGACUGCCAAAGGCGACGAGCACCAUCUAAGAAGUAGCGGUGUUGGUGUUGCCAAUGGAUGGCUUGCCCGCGAUCGGCGAGAUCCCAUGGCCAACUCGCAUGUGCGGGUCCGCCGGACAACGGCUGCCAUCGGCCACCAGCGUUGGCCUGCCUCCCGUGGCGGCCGGCAAGGACCUCGGUGCGGCGCGCACGUCUCGGCACCUCUGUUGGUCGGUCCUCAACGAAGGAUCGGCGAGGAGGCUGCGCACUCUUGCCCACAACGACUCUCGGCCGGCACUACCCGCAACGCCAUCGAACUCGAAUGCCCCAGCUUGAACGCAAGCGUCGGCCCGCUCCACGGCAGCCGGUAAGGAGCUCGGUGCGGCGCGCACGCCACGGCACCCUCAUCGUCGGCUCUCUCACCCAGGGCCGGUAAGGAGACGCGCGCAUCCAAGCGCUACACCAAGAAACAAACAUAACUGACUUCA